AUGACCAGACUGCGAGGUGACGGCGCGUGGGGGUCCACUGGUCCAAUCGCCAUCGACGGCCUCGUCUCUGUCGAGUUUCUGAUCUUCUCGGAUCAGCCUGAUGGCCUGGUGGCGGUGACGGCCUUGGCACCUCAUUUUCUCAUGUUUGGUGGCGGACGGCUCGUUGGGUUGAGGUCAUGA